AUGUCCUCCAGAAAAGAAGAACCAGCUCAAGGCGGGCUGAAUGACUUUGUCAAGAAACUAUUUCAAAUGCUACUGGAAGAUAAGUACAUGAGCGUGGUGCGCUGGACUGCUAGUGGUAACAGCUUUGUCGUAUUGGACACCAACGAGUUCACCAAAGAGAUACUACCGCGUCACUUCAAACACUCCAACUUUGCCUCGUUUGUUCGUCAGUUGAACAAGUACGAUUUCCAUAAGGUCAAGAUCUCCAACGAGGAGAAACAGCACUACGAGUAUGGCGACGAUGCGUGGGAGUUCCAGCAUCCAGAGUUCCGCAAGGACGAUAUCAACGCUUUGGAAAACAUCCGGAGGAAAGCUCCAACCAAGAAAGAACCCGCUUACGACGCUAACCCACAUUACGACCUGCAAAUCGCCCAGAUAAGGCUGGAGUUGGCCCAGUUGCGUGAUGAGAACAAAUCCAUGGGCAACAAGUAUAAGGGACUUCUAAACAACGUGGCCACGCUAAGAACGUUCAACGAGCGCCAGUACCACUCUAUAGGGAUCUUGCUUAACGCAUUGAACGAAGCUGGCAUCAAAAUUCCUCCUUUGGAUCUUCCCAACCCAAAUGUCAUGAAUAUGGCUCUGCCAGCAGGUGCUGGCCCGCAACCAACACAGGCUUCACCACAGCAACCGCCUUCGGAACGUGCUGUCAAGGUCAAACAAGAACCACAGCAGCUGGUAUCCCACCUGCGAUCUGGCCUGGGCUCUGUACCUGAAUACGACUAUAACUCGCUGGGCCGCCAAGGGCCUUCCAGCAACAGAGGCUCUCACUCCAGCCAUCCAAGCAUGAACCACGUUAAUCACACGAGACACCCGUCUUCAACGCUGCCGUUGGGUGGUGACGUUGUGGGCCCCGUCUCUACAGUCAGUGUGCCAAACCCAAAGUUCCAUGUUUUAUUGGUUGAAGAUGAUAAUGUGUGCAUCCAGCUAUGCCGCAAGUUCUUGAUGAAAUACGGUUGCCAGGUGACGGUGGUGACAGAUGGUCUCAAUGCUAUUUCCACAGUCAAGCAGACGAUUUUCGACCUUGUGCUUAUGGAUAUUGUCAUGCCCAACCUAGAUGGUGCCUCGGCAACCAAUAUCAUCCGUUCCUUCGACACUAGAACGCCAAUUAUUGCCAUGACUGCCAACAUCCAGGAUGCUGAUUUGGUGAAUUAUCUCCAGAACGGUAUGUCGGACAUUUUGGCCAAGCCCUUCUCCAAGGACGACCUAUAUGCUAUUUUAACCAAACACUUGAUGUCGGCGUCCAAGGCUGCUGAAUACGAAAACGAUAGCACUGAGAUCCACACGAUACCGAUGGAUUCGAAUGCAUCUGGCGUAGACCAGCAGUUGGGAAUAGACCAACCUGUCAACAUGGGCCAACACAUGCCUCUGCAGAAUUUAUCAGAAGACCCAAUGGGUCAACCCAUAAUGGACUCUAUGGAAGCUGUUGAUCAGCCGGCGAAAAAGCAAAGAACCCACUAG